GCGGCGCUGGGGGUUGCGGCCGGGCCGUGCCUGGGGCCGGAACCGGGGCCGGGGGCAGGCGGCGGGCCGGGGCCGAGGGCCCUGAUGCGGCUGCGGGCGCUCCGCCGCCGGAGAGGCGCCGGGCUCCAUGCACCCCAGAAUGAAUGAAAUGAACCUGAGUCCUGUAGGGAUGGACCAGCUGACCUCAUCCUCUGUGAGCAAUGCCCUGCCGGUCUCGGGGAGUCACUUGGGGUUGGCGGCGUCCCCCACUCACAAUGCCAUACCAGCACCAGGCUUGCCUGUUGCAAUUCCAAACUUGGGCCCCUCCUUGAGUUCCUUGCCCUCUGCUCUAUCUCUGAUGCUCCCAAUGGGUAUUGGGGAUCGAGGAGUGAUGUGUGGUAUACCAGAGAGAAACUACACCCUACCUCCGCCACCAUACCCUCACCUGGAGAGCAGCUAUUUCAGACACAUUCUACCUGGUAUCUUAUCUUACUUGGCAGACAGACCGCCACCUCAGUACAUCCAUCCCAACACUAUAAAUGUUGACAGCAAUCCAGCAUUGUCAGUCUCCAACAAUCCAUCGGCCCUGGAUCCCUACCAGCCCAGUGGAACCGUGGGGCUGGAACCAGGGAUUGUCUCCAUGGACUCCCGCACAGUGAACACACAUGGUCCUCAAAAUCUGCAUCCUAGUGACAGCCAUGAGGUAGCACUGGAUACUACAAUCACCAUGGAGAGCGUUUCGAGGGUAACCAGCCCUAUCUCCACAGAUGGGAUGACAGAGGAGCUCACGAUGGAUGAUGUAGCCGGGGAUCAUUCACAGAUCCCAAAUGGCUCCCGGAGCCAUGAACCUUUAUCCGUAGACACAGUGGGGAGUAACUUGACAUCGGAUGCUGUGGGACACGGCGGUGUCAUUCCCAUUCACGGUAGCACUUUGGAACUCCCUGUCGUCAUGGAGCCCGACCACAUUGGCGGGCGAGUGACAGGGAUAUCGGACAGCACACUAAAUGACUCCAUUCAUACUGUGGCCAUGAGCACCAACUCCGUGAGUGUGGCGCUCUCUACCUCACACAACCUCGCUUCCCUGGACUCAGUAGCCUUGCAUGAAGUGGGCCUCAGCCUUGAGCCAGUGGCGGUGUCUUCCAUCAAUCAGGAAGUAGCCAUGGGGCCAAGUCAUGUGGAUGUGUCUGCAGACAAUCUUGCCUUUGUACCACCCUCUCUGCAAAUGGAAGACUCCAAUUCGAACAAGGAGAAUAUGGCAACCUUGUUUACCAUAUGGUGCACACUGUGUGACAAGGCGUAUCCGUCGGACUGCCCAGACCACGGGCCCGUCACCUUUGUCCCUGACACCCCGAUAGAGAGCCGAGCCCGGCUUUCUCUCCCUAAGCAGCUCGUCCUCCGGCAGUCUAUCAUGGGAGCUGAGGCGGGUGUGUGGACACGAGAAACCAUUCCUGUGCGGACUUGUUUUGGACCUUUGAUCGGACAGCAGAGCCAUUCUCUGGAGGUGGCCGACUGGACAGACAAAGCAGCCAGUCACAUCUGGAAGAUCUAUCACAGUGGUGUCCUGGAGUUCUGCCUCAUUACAACUGAUGAAAAUGAAUGUAACUGGAUGAUGUUUGUACGCAAAGCCAGGAACCGGGAAGAGCAGAAUCUGGUAGCUUAUCCUCACGAUGGAAAAAUUUACUUCUGCACCUCUCGGGACAUCCCACCUGAACAUGAGCUUCUCUUUUAUUACAGUCGGGACUAUGCACGACAGCUUGGUGUCCCUGAACAUCCAGAUGUGCACAUCUGCCACUGUGGAAAGGAAUGCGCUUCCUAUGUGGACUUCAAGGCCCAUUUGAGCAGCCAUAUUCACAACCACCUCCCCAGUCAGGGGCACAGCAGCAACCAUGGGCCAGGCCACGGAAAGGAAAGGAAGUGGAAGUGCUCCAUGUGCCCCCAGGCUUUCAUCUCCCCUUCCAAGCUCCAUGUCCACUUCAUGGGGCACAUGGGCAUGAAGCCGCACAAGUGCGAUUUCUGUAGCAAAGCUUUCAGCGAUCCCAGCAACUUACGGACACACCUCAAGAUACACACAGGUCAGAAGAACUACCGCUGUACCCUCUGUGACAAGUCGUUCACCCAGAAGGCCCACCUGGAAUCGCACAUGGUCAUCCACACUGGGGAGAAGAACCUCAAGUGCGAUUACUGCGAGAAGCUGUUCAUGCGGAGGCAGGACCUCAAGCAGCACGUGCUCACUCACACACAAGAACGGCAGAUCAAGUGCCCCAAGUGUGACAAGCUGUUUCUGAGGACAAAUCACCUGAAGAAGCAUCUCAAUUCACAUGAAGGAAAGAGGGACUAUGUCUGUGAAAAAUGUUCCAAGGCUUAUUUAACCAAAUAUCACCUCACUCGCCACCUAAAAAUAUGUAAAGGCCCCACAUCCAGCUUGUCAGCCCCAGACGAAGAAGAGGAGGAGGAUUCAGAGGAAGAAUUAAUAGACUCUAUGAGGACUGAAGACUGUAGGAUUAACAAUGGAGUCUAUUCAACAGGUGAUGCCCUCUCUGGACACAAAUGAAGAAGAGAGGGACAUUUUCUUGGAUAAGUAGGGAAGGAAAAAACCCUCUUCCUUGUUUCCCCAGUCAACAAUGUAUGUCAGGUGAGGAGUUUUCCUUCUGUUUUGGUCUCCACACUACCACCACUUAAUAUACUCUGUAGCCAAAA